CGUCAACUGGCCCAUCCGACGGAAACAGCAUCACGAACCCCCGCCGCCCUGUCAACCACCGAAUUGAUGUGUAAUGCCAAAAAAUGACCAGUCUGACAUAACGCUAGAAAAGCAAUAUCCGAUUGUCAAUGACAACGGGAGCCCGCAGGCCUAUCGCACGGUAGCUAUUUAUUCCCGUAUUUAUUCAUAUUCGUUUUAAUCGCCCUCCAUUGACUCUUCAGUAAUGGCUGGGCUCGCGGGCUGCGGCUGUUGAGAGGCAGGUGCAUCGUCAGACAGACGCUCGUUGGGCGUGAUGUGUGAUGAGAUGGAUUUCGCUCCAGUGCAGCGAUGAGACGGACGCAACCGGAGAAUCACCGAGGAGCAGCGAGGCGCGUGUGAUCGAGCUGCCGACACCGGGGCGCAGGAGCACGGGCGGGGAAAAGAGCUCGUCCCCUCGCGAGCGCUCCGUCUGAUCAACAAAUAUUGAAUAUUAAACGGCCGUACAUCCCGAAACCCAGCUGUUGCUGGUGGAAUCGGGUCGUGGAGCGAAGUGGCAUCAUGUGCACCUGAUGACUCUGUCAUGAAUUCAUAGGAGCCAUUUCGAUUCGUGUCGCCGGUGUACUAAUUAUUCUUUCUAUAAUAACGAGCUUCGAUCAGACGCCGCCGCCAAUAUGAUGGAGCUGGACGAGGUGGUGUACCAGGACGAUUAUGGGGCCGUGUCUGUCAUGUCAGAGCGGGUGUCGGGCCUGGCCAGCAGCAUCUACCGGGAGUUCGAGCGCCUCAUCCAGAGCUACGAUGAGGAGGUGGUGAAGGAGCUGAUGCCGCUGGUGGUGAAUGUUCUGGAGAACCUCGACUCGGUUUUAACGGAGAACCAGGAGCAUGAGGUGGAGCUGGAACUUCUCAAGGAGGACAACGAGCAGCUCAUCACGCAGUAUGAACGGGAAAAAGCGCUGCGCAAACAGGCGGAGGAGAAGUUCAUUGAAUAUGAAGAUGUCUUGGAGGCAGACAAGAAGGACUUGCAGUCCAUGUUGGAGACUUUGGAGCUACAAUCAAAACAACUCGAGCUGAAGGCCAAGAACUAUGCUGACCAGGUCUCUCGUCUGGAAGAACGAGAAUCAGACAUGAAGAAAGAGUAUAACGCCCUUCACCAGCGCCAUACAGAGAUGAUACAGACAUAUGUGGAACACUUUGAGCGUUCAAAGAUGCAACAGACAGGCAGCAACCAGUCCGAAUCUACAGGCUGCGGUCGGACUAAAACAGAGCGCCCCCCAUCAUUGAGUUUGUUUCCUGGCGGAGAUGGCAUGGUACGUGGGGGUCCUGGGGGGGCUAGAAAUGUUUCGUCAGAUGUCUGGAAUUCCAGUGAUCUCAGCAGACCUGUCUACGCCCCUGGCUACCAGGAGGAUGGCUCAGAUUCAGACUCCGUCGCAGCCACGCCUAGCAGCACAGGGAGCAAAUCAAACACUCCCACCUCGUCUGUUCCCUCGGCAACAGUUACUCCUCAGAAUGAUGAGCUGGUAUUGGUGGGAAAGAAUACAAAGCGUCUUAGUAGAAACAUGGAGGUGCAGGUCUCUCAGGAAACCAGGAACGUCAGCAUUGGUAUGGGCAGUAGUGAUGAAUGGUCAGAGUUUCAGGAAAUUAUAGACUCAACACCAGAGCUAGAUAUGUGCUUGGACCCUCGAAGCUUCGGAGGAGGAAACAAGCCUUCUCAGGGCAUAGUGAAUGAGGCAUUCGGCAUCAACACAGACUCGCUGUACCAUGAGAUCAAAGACGCCAAGUCUGACAUCAUCGGUGAUGUGGACGCAGGAGCCGAACUUCUCGGGGAAUUCUCAGUCCGGGAUGAUUUCUUUGGCAUGGGGAAAGAGGUGGAAAAUCUUCUAACAGAGAACAAAAAACUACUGGAGACCAAGAAUGCCCUGAAUAUUGUGAAGAAUGACCUGAUUGCUAAAGUAGAUGAACUGUCGAGUGAACAGGAAGUUUUCCGGGAAGAGCUGGAAACAGUCAAACAGUCCAAGAGCAAAGUGGACCAGAGAGUGAAAGAACUGGAGGAGGAGCUAAAGAGGUUGAGAGCUGAAGCUUUGGGAGUAUCUCAGGACUCUAAAGAUGAGGGCGGAGAGGAUUACUCAUCUCCACUGCAGGAUGAUGUUGCCAUGACGCAGAGACGACGGUUCACACGUGUAGAGAUGGCCCGUGUGCUGAUGGAGCGCAACCAGUACAAGGAGAGACUGAUGGAGCUUCAGGAAGCUGUGCGCUGGACCGAGAUGAUCAGGGCAUCUCGAGAGAGUCCUGCUCUACCAGAGAAAAAGAAGUCCAUAAUCUGGCAGUUCUUUGCACGUCUUUUUAGUUCAUCUGCGAGCCCUCCUCCAGUGAAACGGCCAUACACCAGUGUCAACAUUCACUACAAGUCUCCCUCUCCUGCUGGCUACAACCAGAGACGCUCCCAAACCAUGUGCCAGAUCUCCACCUCCAGCUGCAUACUGGAGUUCAUGCCUGAAGACGAUUCUGCGCUCUGUACACGCAGAGAGCAGCGUCGAGAGCAGUACCGGCAGGUGCGCGAGCACAUGCGCCGGAAGGACGGCCCCAUGCAGACCUGUGGCUGGAGUGUCCCGCCCAGACUGAAACAGAACGGCUCCCAGGCGGACAGUGCUCAAGAUGCCACAGCGAAGAAGACGCAGGCCAUUGAGAAAGACGGUAAUUGUAUGAAAAAUGUCCCUGUGCCAGUUUACUGCCGCCCUCUGGUGGAGAAAGACCCUAACAGGAAGUUAUGGUGUGCUGCUGGUGUGGAUCUCACUGGCUGGAAGACACCCAAUCAGGAGACUGCAGCUGUGAAGCUGUCCAACGGCUCAGAUCCUUUGACUGCUGAAGACGAAGGUGGAGACGGCAAGAGUGAGCAGAGCUCACCAGAGAAAAAGAAGCCUAAAGAACUGCAUGAGACUGACUCCAUGAGCAGCCGCGUGUGGAUCCUGACCAGCACUCAUUCAGCCAGUAAAGUGGUGAUUAUCGACGCAAACCAGCCCUGCUCACUGGUCGACCAGUUUAAUGUGUGUAAUGCCCAUGUGCUGUGCAUCUCCAGUGUACCAGCGGCCAGUGAGAGUGAUUACCCAGCAGGUGAGAUAUUUCUGGAGCAGCAGGCUGGAGAUGGGCCUUCAGAGGAGAAGGGUGGAGUGGAGGGCAUGCUGGCGGGGAUCACCAUCGUGGGCUGUGCCACUAACUGCAGCGUAGUGCGCAGCAACUGCUCCUCUCGCACCGACACACCUGUGCAGGACCGAAGCCAAGCUCCUACAGCUCCAGUGUGCAGAAGCUUAGCAGUGUCACAGUCUGCGGAGGAAGCGACAGAAGCCAUUGAGGUGUCUGAGGAGGCAGGGCCUAAUGAGAAUGCAGACAACACACUCGGUCCUUUCACCGAGCAUGUCUUUACUGACAACACACACAGUGAAGCAGGUGUGCCGAAGAAGCAAGUGACAUCAGCUCCCACAGACUCAGAAGAGGCAGGAGACGACCGGGCAGGAACAAGUGCUGCCCCGACCAUGUGGCUGGGAGCCCAAAAUGGCUGGCUUUAUGUCCACUCUGCAGUGGCCAACUGGAAGAAAUGCCUUCAUUCAAUCAAACUCAAAGACUCUGUACUGAGUUUGGUACAUGUGAAGGGGAGAGUUUUGGUUGCGUUAGCUGAUGGAACUCUUGCAAUCUUCCACAGAGCUGAAGAUGGACAAUGGGAUCUAUCUAACUAUCAUCUGAUGGAUCUGGGAAGACCCCACCACUCCAUCCGAUGCAUGGCUGUGGUUCAUGACAAAGUCUGGUGUGGUAAUAAGAACAAGAUCCACGUGAUCCAGCCCAAGAGCAUGCAGAUUGAGAAAUCAUUUGAUGCUCACCCACGCAAGGAGAGCCAGGUGAGGCAGCUGGCAUGGAUUGGUGAUGGUGUCUGGGUUUCAAUCCGGCUGGAUUCUACGCUCCGCUUGUACCACGCACUCACACAUCAGCAUCUGCAAGAUGUGGAUAUCGAGCCUUAUGUCAGCAAGAUGCUGGGUACAGGAAAGUUGGGGUUCUCUUUUGUCAGGAUAACUGCGCUGCUGAUUGGAGGAAACCGAUUGUGGGUGGGGACUGGAAAUGGUGUCAUCAUCUCAAUCCCUCUGACUGAAACUGUAGUGCUUCAUCGAGGGCAGCUCCUCGGACUGAGGGCCAAUAAGGUGUCGCCCACAUCAUCUGGGGGCGUGAUCCACGUUUAUGCAGAUGACAGCAACUCUGAGAAGAGUAGCUUCAUACCGUACUGCUCUAUGGCACAGGCUCAACUCUGUUUCCAUGGACACAGAGAUGCUGUCAAGUUCUUCGUGUCAGUGCCAGGCAAUGUGUUGGCCACCCUGAAUGGUAGCGUGUUGGACAGUCCAUCAGAGUCUCAGGGGUCUUCAGCCCCGACAGACACAGAAGCACAGAGCAUUCAGAACGUGCUGGUACUGAGUGGAGGAGAGGGUUAUAUCGACUUCCGUAUCGGUGAUGGUGAAGACGAGACAGAGGAAGCAGAUAGUGAAGCUCCUCAGAUGAAGCCAGCGUUGUCUAAAGCAGAGAGGAGUCAUAUCAUUGUGUGGCAGGUGUCUUAUGGUCCGGAGUAACAUGAACAGAUGGCUCCUGCCUGCCCCCCUUUCCGCCCUAUAAGUCCGCCCCCAAAGAUGAAGUAUGAAUCCUUUCUGUAACGAUGCCCCGAAUUCUGCACCUAAGCUAUGUAACUACCACAAGCCUUGUAACUACCCCUUUAAAGUCUUAUAUUCACCCUGUUAGCCUGUAUUUUCCUACCCUCUAUUGUAACGAACUGUACGAUCCUUCAAUCCACCUUGAAACAUUCUCUUCCCAACAAAAACACACAAAGUUCAAGAACUUGCUGCAUCCUGUGACUGAAUGGCAAUUUUAAAUAAAAUAUAAACAGCUUAAACCAGUACCAAACUACGUUUCUGAAAGAACUACCCAGUUUUUGCCAAAUACCCUGACCUUUAUUUUUAAAGUCCGUCAGCACACAGCUCACUGAAUGACAGGAACUCAUCAUGAACUCAAGUGACUUCAGAGAUGAGAGGAUUCAUUUGGGAAGAACCAGCUAGAUAUGUAAUGGAAUACAAGAGGGGAAAAUGCAAACAAGACGUCAAUAUGUAAAUACUGAAAAGCAUCAUGGACUGCAGAGAGAAAUGAGUGAAUACUUAAGGAUAAUCAAAUAAGUAGUCAGGAUUUGUUGGCUAUCUAGCACAACCCAAACAUGUCGUGAUGCCAUUUCAGCUCAUUAUAAAGUAAAUAUGUAAAAGAAUAUUCAACAAAGCUCAAAAUCACUUCAACCAUUUGCAGCUUUGCAUUUUUCAACCUCAGUGAGAUGUGUGCUGACUAGCACUGCUAACUUCCCUCUGGGAUUAAGAAUGAGGUUAACAGCUAAACCCAAACCUUUGAUUGAUCGAGGUUUGGAAGAGAUGGUCGUCCCAGUCGCCUUGUGUGUAAAUCAUCACUCUGUGUUCUCUGUGUAGUUAAGUAUUAAGAAAUAAACAUGUUUAUGUGCUGAAUA